AUGCAGGUGCGGGCCACCGCUGCUGUGCAGUCCCACAUGCUCAUGGUACCAGGGUCCUGCUCCACACCGUCGUCCAGGAGGCCCGUCAUGUCCAGCACUCGCAGGGCAUGCUUCCUGGGAGCACGGGGGACCUCUCUGCACCACCACCGCAACGCCGCCCCAGCCCAGGGCCUGAGGGCCCCUCAGCAAGGCCCGGCUGCAGUGGGCACAUUCCUGCAACAGCUGCUGGAAGCUGAGCAGCGGGAAGGGCCAUGUGUGCACCAGCUCGCGAAGCACAACAGUCUUCUUGUCCAUGAAGGCCACCUUGAACAGCAGGGGGAAGAGCUCUCGAGGCAGCAGGGGCAGGGCCUGGCAGGCAGCUGGCUGGCACUGGAGCACCUGCCGUGUGCUCAGGAACACAAGGGGAGCAGUCUGGCUCCAGAGGCCCCGCGCUUCCCAACCUCAUGCACAACGCGAGUCCUCAGGGCACUGGUUCUGGAGGCGCCCGGAACGCCAACCCCCGGCCUUGCGCUGCCUGGAGACAAACGUCGCGAGGACGACUCAUACCUCGCUGUGACAGGACCGAGCGACCAGCACCUGCCACGAGAGGAAGCGAGAGCAGCCAGUGUGGUCACCGUGGGAGGAGCCUCCGUGCAGGGGCCGCCGCCCCCUCCCGCGCGGCCCGCGCCUCCCGGCGUCUCCCCGAAGACGCCCCCGCCUGGGUCCUCCCAGCCUCGAGCCGCGGGAGACCCUCGAGGCGACGCCCUCCGCCUCCCCGACGCGAUCUGCCCCUCGAAGCCGGAGGACGUGGAGGCGGCGCCGGAGGAGACCCGCGCGCUCUACCGAGAGUACCGCGUCCUGAAGGGGGCCCUGGGCGGGGCCGGCGGCGUGGGACCUCGCAACCCCGAGCAGUCGCUUCCCGCCGCGGCGCAGGAGGUGCCGGAGCCCAGCUGCUGGGGGCCGCACUUGAAUCGGGCUGCGGCCCAGAGUCCACCCGCUCCUCCCCGUGGGACAAGUACUGUGGGGUCUGUGCCCGACUACGGGAAGAGGCUCAAGGCCAACCUGAAGGCCACUCUGCAGGCUGGGCCAGUCCUGGGCCACAUACCCCGACCUCCACGAAGACCCUCGUCCAAGAUGCCCUCCCCAGGGCCACCGGGCACAGGGGCUGCCCCCGUCUCUCCAGAAGAAGUCAGUGAGGUCCCCCUCCAGCCUCGUGGGCCUCGGCUGAGGCCAGGCUGCCUCCAGCAGCUACAGGCAUCCCUGAGCCUACGACUGUGCUCUCUAGACCCUGACUGGCUACAGCGGUGUCAAAACGGGGCCCCAGAUUUCCUGGGGGCUUCUGAGGCCUGCCAGCCUAACCUGAGUGUAGAGGACUCACAACCUCUGGCUUCAGGUGUCCCGCCUGUCCUUGGUCCCGGCGCUGGCCCUGAGACUCAAGCCCUACAGACAGCCAGAGUCCGUGCAGAGAGCCCCCAACCUGGCAACAGACAAGGCAAGAAGUGGACAUGGAAUAGGGAACCAGAAGGGAGUCCUACGCAGGCCCAGCAGGACAGCGGUCACGCGGGACCUCUGCCUGAGGAAGCUGGGGCUCCAGAACACGCAGAAGCCUGCCCAGGAGAACCCGUGGGGGCACAGCCCCCCAGUGGCCCCACAGCCCCCAGGCCAGCUGUCCAGAGCGGAGGUAAUUACGUGCGGCUCAACAUGAAGCAGAAACGCUACGUUCGGGGCCCGGCGCUCCGUGGCAGGCUGCUCCGAAAGCAGAUGUGGAAGCAGAAGUGGCAGAAGAAGAGGGAGUGUUUUGGGGGUGCUCAGCCCAGAGCCACAGUCAAGAAUUUUUGCUUCCGGUGUGGACAGCUAGGCCACUGGUCAUCCCGGUGCCCCCAGUCAAGUGAAACUUCUACUCUGGAGCCUGCUCUGGGUCCCCAGAAGAGCGGUGACAAUGAAGACGACGUGCAGACCCAGCUCGUCGCGGACGAAGCAGUGCAGAGGACAGGCACUGCCGGCUGCCAGCAACCUGUGAGUGAGAUAGACACGGAGCCUGCUGGGCCUGAGCUGCUGGUGACUGUGCAGCCUGUGCCCCAGGCACACUGCCAGCACCACCCCGUGCCACCACUCUACCCACCGGGGCCCUCGGGACAAGUGGCAGAGACACCGGCUGAAGUGUUCCAGGCCCUAGAGCAGCUGGGGCACCAAGCCUUCCGCCCUGGGCAGGAGCGUGUGAUCAUGCAGAUCCUUUCUGGCAUGUCCACGCUGCUGGUGUCGCCCACUGGUGCCGGCAAGUCCCUGUGCUAUCAGCUUCCCGCGCUGCUUUACGCCCGGCGGAGCCCCUGCCUCACACUGGUCGUCUCUCCCCUCCUGUCUCUCAUGGAUGACCAGGUGUCUGGCUUGCCCCCGUGCCUGAAGGUGGCCUGCAUCCAUUCAGGCAUGACCAGGAAGCAGCGUGAGUCUGUCCUGAAGAAGGUUCAGGCAGCACAGGUGCACGUGCUGAUGCUGUCGCCAGAGGCGCUGGUUGGGGCUGGGUUGGGGACCUCUGGCUGCCUCCCUCAGCUGCCUCCGGUCGCUUUUGCCUGUGUCGAUGAGGCCCACUGCCUUUCCCAGUGGUCCCACAACUUCCGGCCCUGCUACCUGCGUGUCUGCAAGGUGCUGCGGGAACACCUGGGUGUGCGCUGCUUCCUGGGUCUCACGGCCACGGCCACACGCAGCACCUCGAGAGAUGUGGCCCAGCAUCUAGGCGUGGCCGAGGAGCUUGUCCUCCGUGAGCCGGUCACUGUCCCUGCCAACCUGUACCUCUCUGUGUCCAUGGACAUAGACCCAGAGCAGGCUUUGGUGACAUUGCUGCAGAGUGACCGCUUUCGUGCUCUGAGCUCCAUCAUCAUCUAUUGCAACAGACGCCAGGACACAGAGCGUGUCGCCGCACUGCUCCGCACCUGCCUGCAUGUGUCCCAGGACCUGGGGCCCAGAGGCCAGGUCCCUGAGGCCAUAGCCAAAGCCUACCACGCCGGCAUGUGUCACCGGGAGCGGCGGCAGGUGCAGCAGGCCUUCAUGGACGGCAGGCUGCGGGUGGUGGUGGCCACGGUGGCCUUUGGGAUGGGGCUGGACCGGCCGGACGUGCGGGCUGUGCUGCACCUGGGGCUGCCCGCGAGCUUGGAGACCUACGUGCAGGCUGUGGGCCGGGCUGGGCGUGACGGCCAGCCUGCGCACUGCCACCUCUUCCUACAACCCCAGGGCCAGGACCUGCAGGAGCUACGGAGACGCGUGCACGCCGAUGCAGCCGACUUUCUCGCCGUGAAGAAACUGGUCCAGUGCGUGUUUCCCCCCUGCACCUGUGCCCCAGCCCAACGGCCUCCAGAGAAGGACGGAGCCGGAAGCCAGAAGACACCUGUGGCCGGGUCCCUGAGGGAGGCUGAGCAGCCCAGCAGCCAGCGUGCAGCCCGGUGCCCAGGCCACCAGCGGGCACUUCCGGUGCAGCCGCUGGUGCAGGCCCUGGACAUGCCCGAGGAGGCCAUUGAGACCCUGCUGUGCUACUUGGAGCUACACCCACGAUGUUGGCUGGAGCUGCUGGCACCCACCUACGCCCGGUGCCACCUGCGCUGCCCUGGGGGUGCCCCCCAGCUCCUGGCUCUGGCCCACAGGUGUCCCCUCCUGGCUGUAUGUUUGGCCCAGCAGCCGCCGGAGAACACAGGUGGGGGAGGCUGUUCUGUAGAGUUUGACGUUGUGAAGCUGGCGGACUCGGCGGGCUGGAAGCUGGCGUCAGCACAGCGGGCUCUCCGUCAGCUGCAGUGGGAGCCCGAGCCCACGACAGGUGCGCCCUCCCCCCGGCCCACUCGGCCCCGGACCUGCUUGCCGCCCACCUGCCCGCAUGUGAUGAGCUCUCUGGCAGGUGCACGUCGGGACACGGGGGUGCAGGUGGAGUUCCGGGAGCUCGCCUUCUGUCUGCGCAGUCCUGGAGACCUGACAGCCCCCGAGAGGGACCAGAUCUGUGACUUCCUGUACGGCCACAUACAAGCCCGAGAGCGGGAGGCCCUGGCCAGCCUGCGCCGCACCUUCUGGGCCUUUCACAGCGUGGCCUUCCCCAGCUGCGGGCCCUGCUUGGAGCAGCCCAGUGAAGAGCGCAGCACCAGGCUCAAGGCCCUGCUCAGCUGCUACUUCAAGGAAGAGGGUCCCGGGGACACGGAAGACGAUCAGGACCCGGAGCCAGGACAGGCAGGGAUCCAGGACUGGGAGGACCAGGUUCGCCGGGACGUGCGCCACCUUCUGUCCUCGUGGCCAGAGCAGCAGUUCUCAGGCAGGGCUGUAGCCCGCAUCUUCCACGGCAUCGGAAGCCCCCGCUUCCCAGCGCAGGUGUAUGGGCGGGACCGGCGCUUCUGGAGGAGACACCUGUGCCUGAGCUUCCCCGCCCUGAUGCGCUUGGCCACAGAGGAGAUCCUGCGCUGGGGCCGCUGACCACCGUGCUAUGGGCCGGCCCUGCUCCCCCACCUCAGACGCCUCCACAGCCUGUGGCCUGGCCACAGUGUGGAGGGGGUCAGGUGUGGCUGUGCGUCAGGGGAAAGGGACCUUGGUGGCCACGACAAUGACUACCCUGGGGAAAACCCACCAUCAGAAGUGCAGGGGCAAGGAGGCCCCAAAAUGCAGAAUAAAAAAUGCUCAAGUCA